AUGAAAAAAUCUAAACAUGGAAGAGAUGAUUUGGAAAAGAACAUCUUAAAGGGUCAUGCAUUCUUUGUGAACUUCAUGGAAAGACAUGGUCUUGCCGAUUGCAUUCGAUAUUUUCCUGAUAGUAUGACACUGAGUAACUUGAGGAGCUUGAAUAUGAAUGACCUGUGGAACAAAUUUGAUGUCAAAGAGGAAAAAGAUGCCGGCCGAAUUAUGAAAAUUGUGAGUGAAGCCCACAAAGAUGACCAAAGCGAUAGCGACGUUGAAUACUUGUCAUCAUCAUCUCCAAGUGGCCACAAUCCACUAAACAGUUUGAGCAGUGGCAACAAUAUAAGCUCACAUCACUUGAAUUGCAAUAAAUCUCUUACAAGAACAUUAUCUGAAGAGCUGAAGUAUCCGGUAAAGUUGAGGAAGAAGUCCUUACGGCAGCAGCAGCAGCAGCAACUUCAUCACCACUACUUGAGCAACAACAUCAAACAUCUCAGCUGCUCACAAUUUGGCUUGAAUCAGAGUCCAUCGUCUCAUGCAGGCACCACAAAUUUGUUGAGGUUGAAUAGUUUGGGCCUGGGCAAGUCAGCCCCUCUUUUAUCCACUGUUCAGGCUUGCAAUUUGAUACUGUUCUCAAUUAUAUAUUGGACAGGAGUUACAUAUUAA